UUGAAUUUAAGCUCUGUUGCAACAGUAUUGGAACAGCAGGAGUCUUCAUUUAGCAUAAGAUUGCCAGCCUACACAUUUUUAGUUUUGCCUUCUGAGUCAUUGCAUUAGGUAACAUCUCUCUGCUCAAGGGUCUGGCCAACAUUACUUUUCCUGUUAAGAAUACUGAAAUAAAUCCUUGCUGUUAAUUUUAUAUUGGAAAUGAUAAAUUAUUAGUCAUAACUAUAGCAACAAAAGAAAAUGAUGGAUUUCAUCGGUUUAUGCAGUCAGCCAAAUACUUCAAUUAUACUGUGAAGGUCCUUGGUCAAGGAGAAGAGUGGAGAGGUGGUGAUGGAAUUAAUAGCAUUGGAGGAGGCCAAAAAGUGAGAUUAAUGAAAGAAGUUAUGGAACAUUAUGCCAGUUAUGAGGAUAUGGUUAUCUUGUUUACUGAAUGCUUUGAUGUCAUAUUUGCUGGCAGUCCAGAAGAAGUUCUAAAAAAGUUUCAAAAGUCAAACCACAAAGUGGUCUUUGCAGCAGAUGGAAUUCUGUGGCCAGAUAAGAGACUAGCAGACAAGUAUCCUGUUGUACACAUUGGGAAACGCUACCUGAAUUCCGGAGGAUUUAUUGGUUAUGCUCCAUAUAUCAACCGUAUAGUUCAACAGUGGAACCUUCAGGAUAAUGAUGAUGAUCAGCUAUUUUAUACUAAAAUUUACAUUGAUCCACUGAAGAGGGAAGCUCUUAACAUCACAUUGGAUCACAAAUGCAAAAUUUUUCAGACUUUAAAUGGAGCUGUAGAUGAAGUUGUUCUGAAAUUUGAAAAUGGCAAAGCCAGAGCUAAGAAUGUAUUUUAUGAAACAUUACCAGUGGCAAUUAAUGGAAAUGGACCCACCAAGAUUCUCCUGAACUAUUUCGGAAACUAUGUACCUAAUGCAUGGACACAGGACAGUGGGUGCACUCUUUGUGAAUUGGAUACAAUUGACUUGUCUGCAGUAAAUGUCUACCCAAAUGUAACAAUAGGUGUUUUUAUUGAGCAACCAACCCCUUUCCUACCUCGAUUUCUGGACAUACUUUUGACACUGGAUUACCCAAAAGAAGCACUUAAAGUCUUUAUUCAUAACAAAGAAGUUUAUCAUGAAAAGCACAUCAAGGUAUUUUUUGAUAAAGCUAAACAUGAAAUCAGUACUAUAAAAAUAGUAGGACCAGAAGAAAAUCUAAGUCAAGCCGAAGCCAGAAACAUGGGAAUGGAUUUUUGCCGUCAGGAUGACAGCUGUGAUUAUUACUUCAGUGUGGAUGCAGAUGUUGUUUUGACAAAUCCAAGGACUUUAAAAAUUUUGAUUGAACAAAACAGAAAGAUAAUUGCUCCUCUUGUAACUCGCCAUGGAAAGCUGUGGUCCAACUUCUGGGGAGCCCUGAGUCCUGAUGGCUACUUUGCUCGAUAUGAAGAUUAUGUGGAUAUUGUUCAAGGGAAUAGAGUAGGGAUAUGGAAUGUCCCAUACAUGGCUAAUGUGUACUUAAUUAAAGGGAAGACACUUCGAUCAGAGAUGAAUGAAAGGAACUAUUUUGUUCGUGAUAGACUGGAUCCUGACAUGGCUCUUUGCCGAAAUGCUAGAGAAAUGACUUUACAAAGGGAAAAAGACUCCCCUACUCCGGAAACAUUCCAAAUGCUCAGCCCCCCAAAGGGUGUAUUUAUGUACAUUUCUAAUAGACAUGAAUUUGGAAGACUAUUAUCAACUGCAAAUUACAAUACUUCCCAUUAUAACAAUGACCUCUGGCAGAUUUUUGAAAAUCCUGUGGACUGGAAGGAAAAGUAUAUAAACCAUGAUUAUUCAAAGAUUUUCACUGAAAAUAUAGUUGAACAGCCUUGUCCAGAUGUCUUUUGGUUUCCCAUAUUUUCUGAAAAAGCCUGUGAUGAGUUGGUGGAAGAAAUGGAGCAUUAUGGCCAGUGGUCUGGAGGGAAACAUCACGAUAGCCGUAUAUCUGGUGGUUAUGAAAAUGUCCCAACUGAUGAUAUCCACAUGAAGCAAAUUGAUCUGGAGAAUGUUUGGCUUCAUUUUAUCCGGGAGUUUAUUGCACCAGUUACACUGAAGGUCUUUGCAGGCUAUUAUACAAAGGGAUUUGCAUUAUUGAAUUUUGUGGUAAAAUACUCCCCUGACAGACAGCGUUCUCUUCGCCCUCAUCACGAUGCUUCUACAUUUACCAUCAACAUUGCACUCAAUAAUGUGGGAGAAGAUUUUCAGGGAGGUGGAUGCAAAUUUCUUCGAUACAAUUGCUCUAUUGAGUCACCGAGAAAAGGCUGGAGUUUUAUGCACCCAGGGAGACUCACGCAUCUGCAUGAAGGGCUUCCUGUUAAAAAUGGAACAAGAUACAUUGCAGUGUCUUUUAUAGAUCCCUAAGUUAUUAACUUUCCUUUGAAUCACUGCUCCUUUUGGAAUGGAUGACUGGCAUGAACAUGUUUGAAGUUACUUGAGAAGAUGAGAGGAGUAUUUAAGUAACUUCAACAGAACAACUUCACUUUGGGCCAAACAUUUGAAAACCUUAUAAAAAAAUUGAUAUAUCAUAAUAUCUGCUCUGAGCCUUAAAACACAGAUUGAAGAAGAAAAGAAAGGGAAAAAAUUAAAAGCAAAUAUUUAUUUCUUUGCCUUAUUGUCUCUGAGAACAAUGACAGUUUUUCUGAAUAUGUGUUUCAGUUGGUAAAAUAUUCAGGUACAAAUGCACAAGUGACAAAUGAGACUAGUAUUUUCUUAUUUAACAACACCUGGGAAGAAUUUUAUUUAUCAACAUGUAGAUAAGAUGGAUAUAAGUGAAAAUUGGCAAUUUUUUAAAUGUUGGAAAACUGGAAUUCUAACUGAAUUUUUGUGCAAUUGUGUAAGUACUUUUUUGAUCACCUGUGUAGGUAUGUUUUACAGUACUUCCUGAUGGAAUAUAAAGAACAGUAUUGCACAAUGUUUGUCCUUAAGAAAUUUAGUGCAAAAUACAGUAAGUUCCAUAUCCAGUUGAAAGCCCUUUUGUUUAGAUUGUUAAAUUUUUUUUUUACAUUUGUAUUAGAAAUAAAGUCCUGUGUUCCUUCAGAUGAUUUUUUUCAAGGUAGAUUAUAGUAUGUAGAUAUUAGAUUUAGAAAAGCAAACCUUUCCAUUUCUAAGUAUUGACUUAAGAUCACUGACUAUCCUUAAGUAAAAAAGGUUGUUGUUUUUUAAUUCUAGAAAAUAAUGAAGAUUACUUUUUCUUUGAGAUGAGUAGCAGCAUUUUAUGAUUUUUAAAAAAGUUUUAAGUACUUGAAUUUUAUAUCAGGAAAAUAAGUUAGUGAGCCUUUCUUUUGCUUUUUGCCCCCCUCUUUAUUCUCUUUUUAGGGAGAAUUAUUCACUUUUUUGUCUUCCCAGCAUGGUCUCUAUUUUAUCCUUCUUACUCUUCUUAUUAGCUUUUUAAAAUCACACUUUGAAAUAAUUUCCCUCCACAAAAGAAUUUGUGCCUUGAUUUUCACCAUUUCUCUGAGUGAGGUUUAAAUAUCCUUAUUGUAGCUACUGUGUUUAAUUUAAAGGCUAAACUUGAGAAGAAGUUUUAAGUCAUGGUACCAAAAUUCAUUUUUCUAACACCAUGUGUUAGAAAAUUCUGAAAAAUAAAAUAAUUU